AUGCCUCCAAUGAAUGUGAAAGGUGUGGACGACGUCCCAGGCGCCCAUAUCGUGGAUCAUACAAAGCAGACUGCCGGCAAAUCCCCCGGUGGUAAUGCAUCCAAGAAACAACUGGCUACAAAAGCUGCUCACAAGAGUGCGCCCUCUACUGGAGGGGUGAAGAAACUUCAUCGUUUUGGUUACAGGCCUGGUACUGUGACGCUCCGUGAAAUCAGGCUGUCAGAGUCCACUGAACUUCUGAUUCGCACGCUCCCCUUUCAGCGUCUGGUGCGAGAAAUUGCUCGGGACUUCAAAACAGAUCUGCGCUUCCAUAGUGCAGCUACUGGCGCUUUGCAUGAGGCAAGUGAGGCCUGUCUGGUGGGCCUUUUUGAAGAUACCAACCUGUGUGUUAUCCAUGCCAAACGUGUAACAAUUAUGACAAAAAAUAUCCAGCUAGCAUGCCACAUACAUGGAGAAUAUGCUAAGAGUCCACUAUGA